AUGCCGCCCAAGCGCAAGCACCACCAGCAGCAGGCCGAGACGGAGCACAAGGCUGCGCCAGAGGACCAGCAGGAGAAAGGAGUGAAGGAAGAAGAGCAACAAGAGGAGGCUAAGGCGAGUGAAGAGAAGGCCAAGGAGGAAGAAGAGGGGGUGGGGGCAAAAGCAGCGUCCUCACCCAAGGAAGAAAAAGACAUAAAAGAAGAAGAAGAGAAAGAUGCGCCAGAGGUGAAGCGCAGGAAGGUCAGCUUCCAAGAAGAAAAAGAAGAGAAGAAGGAGGAGGAGAAGAAGAACGUUCAAGAAGGCGAGGUCCAACCGUUCGAGUUUGCGUGGGACAAGUUCAUCGGGCUGCUCGAGGGCGACGGCGCGGGCUUCACGGGCGCCGAGCCGGACGUCAGCGAAUAG